AUGGCUGAUUUUGGAGAGAUCCUCAGGAACAUUGGAGAAUUCGGAUUAUUCCAGAGGGUCACUCUGGCUGCACUAUGCUUUAUAAACUUCAUUCAAGGAUUUUUGUUGGCAAGUUUUCUUUUCAUAGAGAAGAAUCCAGAUCGACACUGUAACACAGACUGGAUCCUGGGUCUGGAUCCAAACCUGACCACAGAUGAGCAGCUGAACCUGACUCUGCCCAGGGAGGCAGAUGGAACCUUCAGCAGGUGUCAGAUGUUCGUCCCUGUAGACUGGGACAUCGAUGCCAUCAGGGAGUUUGGACUCAACAAGACCACGAGCUGCCAGAAUGGAUGGGUCUACAAAAGCACACUGUACACAGCCACCAUAGUCACUGAUUUUGAUCUAGUUUGUGAAAAAGCUAAUUUGUUGGAAAUCAUACAAGCCAUUUCCAUGGUUGGAAUUCUUCUUGGUUCUCUUCUGUUUGGACCUCUUGCCGAAUCGUUUGGUCGGAAAUGGGCAAUUCAAGUUCCGGCAGUUAUAACAUUUAUAUUUGUAUUAGCAUCAGGGUUUUCCCCUGAUAUGUAUUCGUUUAUGGUGAUCUCGUUGUUUGCGGGAGUGGGAACUGGAGGCAAUCGAGUCACCUCUAUUGUACUGACCACAGAGUGGAUCGGUGCAUCCAAACGGUCAUGGGGAGUAUGUUUGACUCUUCUCUUUACUUCUGUUGGACAAUGUGCCCUUGCUGGUUUGGUAUACUACAUCAGAGACUGGAGACUGGUUCAGAUCAUCAUAGCAGCUCCACUCGGAGUAGUUUUACUUUACAUAUGGUUUAUUCCAGAGUCGGCCAGGUGGCUGUUGAGCAGAGGGAGAACAGAAGAGGCAAAAAGGCUGAUAAUGAAGGCAGCAGCCAUCAACAAACACACAAUCCCAGACUCUCUACUGGAAAAUAUUUCAAUGAAAGAAGCUGUGAACGAUGGAGGCAUUAAAUAUAUUUUUAGAUCACGUCUACUGUCAAGAUAUUUUGUCACAAUAUUACUGGCACGGUUUUCAUUGAAUGCCUCCUUAUUGGGCUUGCACUUGAAUAUGGCAAACUUGGGCUUGAACGUUUUCCUGACACAGUUCAUAUUCGGUGCUAUCGAAAUACCUGUUUAUAUACUUUGCAUUUGGCUGUUGGAGGUGUUUGGAAGAAAACCACUGUUCAUGCUAACACUCGCCACUGCAGGGCUCUCUAGUAUACUGAUCUUGGCUGUUCCUCAAGGGUGUGGCAUCGCUGUUACAUUUCUAGCUGCUGUUUCUCGCUUUUUCCUUAUGUGGGCUGGUUCUGUAUGUAAUGUGUUGGUGCAGGAGCUGUUUCCGACAACUGUUCGACAAACAGCCACAGGGUUGAGCUCCAUAUCAGCCAGAUUAGGGGGAAUAGUGGCUCCACUGCUCAACAUCACAGCCACGUACCACUGGAUCAUACCCAUAGUGGUCUCCAGCAGCCUCACCUUUAUCAGUGGUGGUCUUGGUUUUAUGCUUCCUGAGACCAGGAGGAGAGAGCUUCCUGAUUCCAUUGAUGAGGCCGAGGGCAACAGAAAUGUGAUACAAACAAACAGAAAUUGUCCAUAUUCGGUUUCAACAAAGCUAUAAAUGUGUUUAAAAUGUGUUUUCUGAUCAGUGG